ACUCCAUCACCUACCACAGCUACGCCGACCACUCCAACACCUACCACAGCCACUCCGACCACUCCAGCACCUACUACAGCCGAAACGACCACUCCAGCACCUACCACAACCACUACCCCCAAGUCAACCACUACCACAACUCCCAAGACAACUACAACCCCCAAGCCAACCACUACCACAACUCCCAAGGCAACCACAACCAACACUUCUGAAAGAGACACGCCUCAAGCAUCAUCUGUAGACACCGAGUUGCCCCCAUCACGCCAGCCUGCCAGAGGCCCUCGCACGCGCUUCAGAGCCUCUCCUGCCGCUCCCACUACCAAAGCCGUGACUGUGCCCACGACGACCCCUUCCACUUCCCCGGCCCCCAGCAAGUGGGUGGUGAUCACGCAAGUGGGUCGGCUGGAGGAUACACCAGAAGAAGAAGUGCGUCGUAUCCUAGCAGGACUUGGAGGCAGAAGACGAGGUCUUGCAAGACCUCCUUCAGGCCGAUCAACCACCACAACCACCAGCACGCAGCCCGCUCCGAUUGCUGACUUCAACUACGACGACUAUUAUUACGAUGCUGAACAAGCCUAG